ACCUCCGGCGCCAUUUUGUAGAGAAACAAGCGGAGUUAACCGAAGAGGGGGCUGAGGAGAGCCGGAGUCGGGGACCCAGGAGUUUCCUGUGUCCAGCGCCACCGGAGCCGCCUGAGGUGCCAUGUUUCAGAACAGAAUAAGACCUCUGGUAAAGAAGAACUGAAGAUAUUAUACAGACAACAGAUAUAGCCUAAUUACAAAGAAAGCAUUAACCUGCCUCUGAGGUGACUAAAGGGGAAUAAUGGUGAUUUUGCGCCGGGCUCGGCCGCCUGCUUCCGCCCCAACCAGCAAUGAAUCUUGACUCGCUCUCGCUGGCCUUGUCUCAAAUCAGCUACCUGGUGGACAAUUUAACCAAGAAAAACUACCGAGCCAGCCAGCAGGAAAUACAGCAUAUUGUGAAUCGGCACGGUCCUGAGGCAGACAGGCAUUUAUUACGCUGCCUAUUUUCACAUGUGGAUUUCAGUGGCGAUGGUAAAAGCAGUGGCAAAGAUUUUCAUCAGACUCAGUUUCUGAUUCAGGAGUGUGCAUCACUGAUUACAAAGCCAAAUUUUAUCUCGACGCUGUCCUAUGCCAUUGAUAAUCCGUUGCACUAUCAGAAGAGUUUAAAGCCUGCACCCCACUUAUUUGCCCAGCUGAGUAAAGUUCUCAAGUUAAGCAAAGUACAAGAGGUAAUUUUUGGCCUUGCCCUGCUGAAUUCUUCCAGCUCAGAUCUUAGAGGUUUUGCUGCCCAGUUUAUCAAACAGAAGCUUCCAGAUCUUCUGCGUUCUUACAUUGACGCAGACGUCAGUGGAAAUCAAGAAGGUGGCUUCCAAGACAUAGCAAUAGAGGUCCUACACCUCCUCCUCUCCCAUCUCCUCUUUGGGCAGAAAGGAGCCUUUGGAGUUGGACAGGAACAGAUAGACGCUUUUCUUAAGACGCUACGCAGAGAUUUUCCUCAAGAACGCUGUCCUGUGGUGCUUGCACCACUUUUAUACCCUGAAAAACGGGACAUUCUAAUGGACAGGAUCCUGCCUGAUUCUGGAGGGGUAGCUAAAACCAUGAUGGAGAGCUCUUUGGCUGAUUUCAUGCAAGAAGUAGGCUAUGGCUUUUGUGCAAGUAUUGAAGAAUGUCGCAAUAUAAUCAUGCAGUUUGGUGUUCGGGAGGUCACAGCUGCCCAGGUUGCAAGGGUUUUGGGAAUGAUGGCUCGAACUCAUUCAGGAUUAACAGAUGGUAUUCCAUUACAGAGUAUCUCUGCUCCUGGCAGUGGGAUCUGGAGUGAUGGCAAAGAUAAAAGUGAUGGCGCACAGGCACACACGUGGAAUGUAGAAGUCUUGAUAGAUGUUCUCAAAGAACUGAACCCGAGUUUGAAUUUCAAGGAAGUAACUUAUGAACUAGACCAUCCAGGGUUUCAAAUUCGUGACAGUAAAGGACUUCAGAAUGUGGUUUAUGGCAUUCAGAGGGGUUUGGGUAUGGAAGUGUUCCCAGUAGACCUCAUUUAUAGACCUUGGAAACAUGCAGAAGGCCAGCUCUCCUUCAUUCAGCAUUCCCUUAUAAAUCCGGAGAUCUUCUGUUUUGCUGACUAUCCCUGUCAUACUGUUGCCACGGAUAUUCUGAAAGCACCACCAGAGGAUGACAAUCGAGAAAUUGCCACAUGGAAGAGCUUGGAUUUGAUUGAAUCUCUGCUAAGGCUCGCAGAAGUUGGGCAGUAUGAGCAAGUCAAACAGCUCUUCAGCUUCCCUAUCAAACACUGUCCAGACAUGCUGGUAUUGGCCUUACUACAAAUCAACACCUCCUGGCACACCUUGCGCCAUGAACUCAUCUCCACUCUGAUGCCAAUUUUCCUUGGAAACCAUCCUAACUCUGCUAUUAUUUUGCACUAUGCAUGGCAUGGGCAGGGACAGUCUCCCUCAAUUCGCCAACUUAUUAUGCAUGCAAUGGCAGAAUGGUACAUGAGAGGGGAGCAGUAUGACCAGGCCAAAUUGUCUAGAAUACUUGAUGUGGCCCAGGACUUGAAGGCCUUGUCAAUGCUGCUAAAUGGUACACCUUUUGCCUUUGUUAUUGACCUUGCUGCACUUGCAUCACGUCGUGAAUACCUCAAACUUGACAAAUGGCUCACAGAUAAAAUUCGAGAACAUGGGGAGCCUUUUAUCCAGGCAUGUAUGACUUUUUUAAAGAGACGGUGCCCUUCUAUUUUGGGUGGACUUGCCCCAGAGAAAGACCAGCCCAAAAGUGCUCAACUUCCUCCAGAAACUCUGGCAACAAUGUUGGCCUGUCUACAGGCUUGUGCAGGGAGUGUUUCUCAGGAGUUAUCGGAAACCAUCCUCACCAUGGUAGCCAAUUGCAGUAAUGUGAUGAAUAAGGCCAGACAACCGCCACCUGGAGUUAUGCCAAAAGGACGCCCUCCCAGUGCUAGCAGCUUAGAUGCCAUUUCUCCUGUUCAGAUUGACCCUCUUGCUGGAAUGGCAUCUCUUAGUAUUGGUGGUUCAGCUGCCCCUCACACACAGAGUAUGCAGGGUUUUCCUCCAAAUUUGGGUUCUGCAUUCAGCACCCCUCAGUCACCAGCAAAAGCAUUUCCGCCCCUUUCAACCCCAAAUCAGACAACUGCAUUCAGUGGUAUUGGAGGGCUUUCAUCCCAGCUUCCAGUAGGUGGUCUUGGCACAAGCAGCCUGACUGGUAUAGGAACUGGGGCUCUUGGACUCCCUGCAGUGAAUAAUGAUCCUUUUGUACAGAGGAAACUGGGCACCUCUGGACUGAACCAGCCUACAUUCCAGCAGAGUAAGAUGAAACCUUCGGACUUGUCUCAGGUGUGGCCAGAAGCAAAUCAGCACUUUAGUAAAGAGAUAGAUGAUGAAGCAAACAGCUAUUUCCAACGAAUAUAUAAUCACCCACCACAUCCAACAAUGUCUGUUGAUGAGGUAUUAGAAAUGCUGCAGAGAUUUAAAGACUCUACUAUAAAGAGGGAACGAGAAGUAUUUAACUGUAUGCUAAGGAACUUGUUUGAAGAAUAUCGGUUUUUCCCCCAGUACCCUGAUAAAGAGUUACAUAUAACAGCCUGCCUGUUUGGUGGGAUAAUUGAAAAAGGAUUGGUCACUUAUAUGGCACUAGGUCUGGCCCUGCGAUACGUUCUUGAAGCCUUACGCAAGCCAUUUGGAUCCAAAAUGUAUUAUUUUGGGAUUGCUGCACUAGAUAGAUUUAAAAAUAGACUGAAGGACUAUCCACAGUAUUGUCAGCAUUUGGCUUCUAUCAGUCACUUUAUGCAAUUUCCACAUCAUUUACAGGAGUAUAUUGAGUACGGACAGCAGUCUAGAGAUCCUCCUGUGAAAAUGCAGGGCUCUAUUACAACCCCUGGAAGUAUUGCACUGGCUCAGGCCCAGGCUCAAGCCCAGGUUCCAGCAAAAGCUCCUCUUGCCGGUCAGGUUAGCACGAUGGUAACCACCUCAACAACCACCACUGUAGCUAAAACGGUUACAGUCACCAGGCCAACAGGAGUCAGCUUUAAGAAAGAUGUGCCACCUUCUAUUAAUACUACAAAUAUAGAUACAUUGCUUGUGGCCACAGAUCAAACUGAGAGAAUUGUGGAGCCCCCAGAAAAUAUCCAAGAGAAAAUUGCUUUUAUCUUCAACAAUCUCUCACAGUCAAAUAUGACACAGAAGGUUGAAGAGCUAAAGGAAACUGUGAAGGAAGAAUUUAUGCCCUGGGUUUCACAAUAUCUGGUUAUGAAGAGAGUCAGUAUUGAACCAAACUUUCACAGCCUGUAUUCAAACUUUUUGGACACGCUGAAGAAUCCUGAAUUUAACAAGAUGGUUCUGAAUGAGACCUAUAGAAACAUCAAAGUGCUCCUGACCUCUGAUAAAGCAGCGGCCAAUUUCUCAGAUCGUUCUUUGCUGAAGAACUUGGGACAUUGGCUAGGAAUGAUCACAUUAGCUAAAAACAAACCCAUCUUACACACUGACUUGGAUGUGAAAUCUUUGCUGCUAGAAGCUUAUGUUAAAGGACAACAAGAGUUGCUCUAUGUAGUGCCCUUUGUUGCCAAAGUCUUAGAGUCCAGCAUUCGUAGUGUGGUUUUUAGGCCACCAAACCCCUGGACAAUGGCAAUUAUGAAUGUAUUAGCUGAACUACAUCAGGAACAUGACUUAAAGUUAAACUUGAAGUUUGAGAUUGAGGUCCUCUGCAAGAACCUUGCAUUAGAUAUUAAUGAGCUAAAACCUGGAAACCUCCUAAAGGAUAAAGAUCGCCUAAAGAACUUGGAUGAGCAACUCUCUGCUCCAAAGAAAGAUGUUAAGCAGCCAGAAGAACUCCCUCCAAUCACAACUACAACAACUUCUACAACACCAGCUACCAGCACCACCUGUACGGCCACAGUUCCACCACAGCCCCAGUACAGCUACCAUGACAUCAAUGUCUAUUCCCUGGCGGGCCUGGCACCACACAUUACUCUAAACCCAACAAUACCCUUGUUUCAGGCCCAUCCACAGUUGAAACAGUGUGUGCGUCAAGCAAUUGAACGGGCUGUCCAGGAGCUGGUCCAUCCUGUGGUGGAUCGAUCAAUUAAGAUUGCCAUGACUACUUGUGAGCAAAUAGUCAGGAAGGAUUUUGCCCUGGAUUCUGAGGAAUCGCGAAUGCGAAUAGCAGCUCAUCAUAUGAUGCGUAAUUUGACAGCUGGAAUGGCUAUGAUUACUUGCCGCGAACCUUUGCUCAUGAGCAUAUCUACCAACCUGAAAAACAGUUUUGCCUCAGCCCUUCGUACUGCAUCCCCACAACAAAGAGAAAUGAUGGAUCAGGCAGCUGCUCAGUUAGCACAGGACAAUUGUGAAUUAGCUUGCUGCUUUAUUCAGAAGACUGCAGUAGAAAAAGCAGGCCCUGAGAUGGACAAGAGAUUAGCAACUGAAUUUGAGCUGCGAAAACAUGCUAGGCAAGAAGGGCGCAGAUACUGUGAUCCUGUUGUGUUAACAUAUCAAGCUGAGCGGAUGCCAGAGCAAAUCAGGCUGAAAGUUGGUGGUGUGGACCCAAAGCAGCUGGCUGUUUAUGAAGAGUUUGCACGCAAUGUGCCUGGCUUCUUGCCUACAAAUGACUUAAGUCAGCCCACAGGAUUUUUAGCUCAGCCCAUGAAGCAAGCUUGGGCAACAGAUGAUGUAGCUCAGAUUUACGAUAAGUGCAUUACAGAACUGGAGCAGCACCUACAUGCCAUCCCACCGACUUUGGCUAUGAACCCUCAAGCUCAGGCUCUUCGAAGUCUCUUGGAGGUUGUUGUAUUAUCUCGAAACUCUCGGGAUGCCAUAGCUGCUCUUGGAUUGCUCCAGAAGGCUGUAGAGGGCUUAUUAGAUGCCACAAGUGGUGCUGAUGCUGACUUACUGCUGCGAUACAGGGAGUGCCACCUCUUGGUCCUAAAAGCUUUGCAGGAUGGCCGUGCAUAUGGGUCUCCAUGGUGCAACAAACAGAUUACAAGAUGCCUAAUUGAAUGUCGGGAUGAAUAUAAAUAUAACGUGGAGGCUGUGGAGUUGCUGAUUCGCAAUCAUUUGGUUAAUAUGCAGCAGUAUGAUCUUCACCUGGCUCAGUCAAUGGAGAAUGGUUUAAACUACAUGGCUGUGGCAUUUGCUAUGCAAUUGGUAAAAAUCCUGCUGGUGGAUGAAAGGAGUGUUGCCCAUGUUACUGAGGCAGAUCUGUUCCACACCAUUGAAACCCUCAUGAGGAUUAAUGCUCAUUCCAGAGGCAACGCUCCAGAAGGAUUGCCUCAGCUGAUGGAAGUAGUGCGAUCCAACUAUGAAGCAAUGAUUGAUCGUGCUCAUGGAGGCCCUAACUUUAUGAUGCAUUCUGGGAUCUCUCAAGCCUCAGAGUACGAUGACCCUCCAGGCCUGAGGGAGAAGGCAGAGUAUCUUCUGAGGGAAUGGGUGAAUCUCUACCAUUCAGCAGCAGCUGGCCGUGACAGUACCAAAGCUUUCUCUGCGUUUGUUGGACAGGUAGAGCUUUUGGAAAGAAAGAUGCACCAGCAAGGAAUACUGAAGACUGAUGACCUCAUAACAAGGUUCUUUCGUCUAUGUACUGAAAUGUGUGUUGAAAUCAGUUAUCGUGCUCAGGCUGAGCAGCAGCACAAUCCUGCUGCUAAUCCCACCAUGAUCCGAGCCAAGUGCUACCACAACCUGGAUGCCUUUGUCCGACUCAUUGCACUUCUAGUGAAGCACUCAGGGGAGGCCACCAACACUGUCACAAAGAUUAAUCUGCUGAACAAGGUCCUUGGUAUAGUAGUGGGAGUUCUCCUGCAGGAUCACGAUGUUCGGCAAAGUGAAUUUCAGCAGCUUCCUUACCAUCGAAUAUUUAUCAUGCUGCUCUUGGAACUCAAUGCACCUGAGCAUGUGUUGGAAACCAUUAAUUUCCAGACACUUACAGCUUUCUGCAAUACAUUCCACAUCUUGAGGCCUACCAAAGCUCCUGGCUUUGUGUAUGCCUGGCUUGAACUGAUCUCCCAUCGGAUAUUUAUUGCAAGAAUGCUGGCACAUACGCCACAGCAGAAGGGGUGGCCUAUGUAUGCACAGCUACUGAUUGAUUUAUUCAAAUAUUUAGCGCCUUUCCUUAGAAAUGUGGAACUCACCAAACCUAUGCAAAUCCUCUACAAGGGUACUUUAAGAGUGCUGCUGGUUCUUUUGCAUGAUUUCCCUGAGUUCCUUUGUGAUUACCAUUAUGGGUUCUGUGAUGUAAUCCCACCUAAUUGUAUCCAGUUAAGAAAUUUGAUCCUGAGUGCCUUCCCAAGAAACAUGAGGCUCCCAGACCCAUUCACUCCUAAUCUGAAGGUGGACAUGUUGAGUGAAAUUAACAUUGCACCCCGGAUUCUCACCAAUUUCACUGGAGUGAUGCCACCUCAGUUUAAAAAGGAUUUGGAUUCCUAUCUUAAAACUCGAUCGCCAGUCACUUUUCUGUCUGAUCUGCGCAGCAACCUACAGGUAUCCAAUGAGCCUGGCAAUCGCUACAACCUCCAGCUCAUCAAUGCACUGGUGCUCUACGUAGGGACUCAGGCUAUUGCACACAUCCACAACAAGGGCAGCACACCUUCAAUGAGCACCAUCACCCACUCAGCACACAUGGACAUCUUCCAGAACCUGGCUGUGGAUUUGGACACUGAGGGUCGGUAUCUUUUCUUGAAUGCAAUUGCAAAUCAGCUGCGGUACCCAAAUAGCCACACUCACUACUUCAGCUGCACCAUGCUGUACCUUUUUGCAGAGGCCAACACUGAAGCUAUCCAGGAACAGAUCACAAGGGUUCUCUUGGAACGGUUGAUUGUAAAUAGGCCACAUCCUUGGGGUCUUCUUAUUACCUUCAUUGAGCUGAUUAAAAAUCCAGCAUUUAAGUUCUGGAAUCAUGAGUUUGUACACUGUGCUCCAGAAAUUGAAAAGUUAUUCCAGUCGGUUGCACAGUGCUGCAUGGGGCAGAAGCAGGCUCAGCAAGUAAUGGAAGGGACAGGUGCCAGUUAGAUGGAACUGCAGCUCCGUUGCAAAGGUUUCAGCCUGGAGAUCCCACUGCGCCAAGUUGAUAAACUGAAGAAUUCCUUUCAGCUCUUCCUGACCUUCCAGCCCUUUGGUUCUCGGGUAUCUGCCCCAACUGCUUGUUGGGUCAGCCUCCUGUCUAUGUGGGUUCCAAAGUUUAAUGCAUUUUUUUGACUCUUGGCCAAAAUUUAGAAGAUGCUGUGAAUAUCAUUUUGAACUUGUGUAAAUAUAUGAAAGAGAAAAAACCUUUGUCUGGAACUUCUUGGGUUUGUACAAAAUGUGUCUAAGGCAAAUACAUAAAUUUGUACCUCGUAAGAGACAGCUGAAGCCAUGCACUUUUCUGAGGGCAUAGCUCCAUGUCUUCUGACAUUCUUGGUGUCCCAUAGAACAGCAAAAAGCCAGUUUAAAUACUGUGUAACUUUUUUUUUUUUUUUAACGUGGACAGGGGACCUUGGAAAUCACUAAAUUAUGUAAAAUGUGGUUGUGAUAGAAUUCAGUAUGCAACGGAACAUGGGAAGGGCUCUCAGAUGAGACCUCAUGGGUUUUUGUUUUGCUUCUAUCUAAAGCUGCCAGCAGGGAAAGCAACAGUUGUACUAACUGUUUAUAUACACUGUGCCUGUGAGACAAGGUCAACUCUCCCUAUAGGGGACACCAGACCAGGCCUAAAGCUCCCCCAUCCCUCUCCUAAUACUUGUAAAUUGUAGGGAAAGGAAAGGGAACCAAAUCAUAUGAACUGUCCUCCCCCAUUUAUCCCACUAACAGCCAUAUCGGCUGAGUUGAACAACAAAUAAGUUUUUUUUAAAAAGACCAAUACAGCACCUUUUGUAAGGAUUUCGAAUGUUUUGGAGAUGUAUUGGUUGCCAAGUUUGUAUUUUGUAGCCUUUCUAGUUCCUGAGCUUUAGCUCUCCCACUUCUUAAAUGUAGAUGCAUACUGUAGUUAAACAUUAAAGUCAUGACACACAUGUGAGUCCACUGUGCCUUUCACAGUAGCAGCAGCCAGUGCUGGUGAUGAGGAGCAAAGUGGAUAGCCCAGCCUUUGCAGAGGGGGCCAUCGGGAAACACCAACUUCUUGCUGAAUGAGGAAUGAUAGACCUUUCUCACUACUAAGCUGGCAUGCUUAAACAAACAUGGGAAUUGUUUUUGUAUAGUUUUUUUCUCCUGUUUUCUUUCCAACAAUGGAAAAUUGUCAGAGCAGGUUUCUAUGGUUAAAUUGAGUUACAAAAUGCCUAUGUUUCUCUGUUUCUCUAAUAUCCUUUACCCCAAGGUGUUUUGAUAUUUUUAAAAGAAAAUGAAUAGGUAUAUAUUUAAAACUUAGCCCACUUAAAAUUUACAUUUAAUGACUGUCAAGUUUUAUAGCCAG